AAACACAAGCUUCUCUCUCUCUCUCUCUCUCUCUCUCUCUCUCUCUCUCUCCCCAAACACAGGAUGCAGAAAGCAAUCCCAUACAAGUCAUCAUGGGUACCCAUGUACGGAAACAGUGUUUUCAACCCUAGAAACAACGAUGGCUCAUCAUCACCACCAUCAUGGUUACAACCACCAUCAUCAUCAUCAACAACAACACCGGCGAAGAGAAGAGAAAUGGUGCGGGAGAGUGCCGUGGUGGUGUUUGCAAGGAGAGGAUGUUGCAUGGGACACGUGGUGAAGCGGCUGGUGCUGACACAUGGCGUCAACCCAUUGGUCGUAGAGGUUGAUGAAGAUGAUCCCAUUGUUACAAGUGAAUUAGGUCAAAAUGAUGAUCACCAUAAUAAAGUCAUAAGCAACAGUAAGGAGCGAUUGCCGGUGGUGUUCAUUGGAGGGAAGUUGUUUGGAGGGCUGGAGACAGUCAUGGCUGCUCAUAUCAACGGCGAUUUAGUUCCCAUUCUCAGGCAAGCUGGGGCUCUAUGGCUUUGAAUUUGUCCUCUCUCUCUCUCCUCGAAUCCUAAAAUAAAAUUUUCUGCUUUUUGUUCGUUUGAAGAUUCUGUUCAUAAAUUUCUCUUACUCGCGAUUCUGUAAUGGUAUAGUAGGAAUUUAAUAUUUGAUUUGAUAGAAGAAAAAGAAUCAUUGUCAAGGAAUAAAAAUCAUUGUUAUCA